AUGGCGACGUCAGAAAUUGCCCAGACCGAUGAAAAUGAGCCUCUCCAGUCAACAGCUGCUCAGCUACUGGCUCUCAUAGAGUCUACUAUUGAGCUCGGUGUGCUCGUUCACGACAAUCAGGGAACACAGCAAUCCCACGCAGCAUUGACCCAUAGAACUAACCAAAUAAUCAGUCAACUCUCAGGGCUCACCAACAGCCCAUUUACACAGCAAUUCCCAGUGCCGGUGGACGUCAUCACCUAUAUAGAGGAUGGGCGUAACCCUGACAUUUACACGAGAGAGUUUGUGGAGGUCACCGCCAAAACCAACGCUAGGCUAAAAGGUAAGAUGCUUGGAUUCCAGAAGCUUUGUGAAGUGUUGGGCGACAAGUUGGUGGAGGAAUUUCCUAGGCUUGAGGAAGGUGUCAAAGAUAUUCGAAGGCGCACAUCGUUAGACUCUGAGAAAUAA